AACUACAAAGUAUAGUGCUAUAAAGAGAACCAACGGACCUCAUCUGUCAAUCAAUCCCAAAAAUCUUCAUUCCACCACAGCCAUUGCCAUGCUCGAUCUCAAUCUUCACCAUACUGCAGUACUGCUGUCUCCAAGCUGAUUUCGAUAUUCGGAGUGUCGGUCUUAGCACGAUGGAGCUGUCGUUAGUCUCGGUGGCGCCGAAACCGCUCUCGGCGCCGUGGUUUUGGAGUCGUCUGGGUGGUUUAAGUGGUCAACUUGUUGUGCCGGUGAAGACGAGAACGAAGAAGAGCUACGGGUUGGUGAGGGCGGAGAGGAGUGGUGGAGGUGGAGAAGUGGUGGAGAGUGGGGAGAGAGAUAGUGGUGGAGGAGGGUACAGGGCUUCAGCUAUGGAGGUCACCACAUUCAAUCAGAGCUUCAAUGAUACUGCUGAUUUUCCUGUAUGGGAAAAGAUUGGAGCUAUUGUCAGACUCGGUUAUGGAAUUGGAAUAUAUGGUGCAAUGGCUCUAGCGGGAAGAUUCAUAUGCUCCAUUUCCGGAAUUGAUUGCAGUGGAGGAUUUGAUUUAUCAUUGGAUGCCAUCGUUGAAGGAUUGGGAUAUGCAGCACCGCCAAUUAUGGCCCUUCUCUUUAUACUAGAUGAUGAAGUUGUGAAGCUAUCUCCUCAUGCACGUGCUAUUAGGGAUGUCGAGGAUGAAGAGCUGCGGAGCUUUUUUUAUGGAAUGUCACCAUGGCAGUUUAUUCUCAUGGUUGCAGCAAGCUCUGUCGGGGAGGAGCUAUUUUACCGUGCUGCUGUUCAGGGAGCAUUGGCAGAAAUAUUUUUAAGGAGUGGCGAUUUGGUUUCUGAUGCUCGAGGAAUGGCAUCACUGGCUGGGGUGCUGCCUCCAUUUGUCCCAUUUGCACAAGCUUUUGCUGCUGUUGUCACAGCUGCUCUUACUGGUUCACUUUAUUACAUGGCUGCCUCUCCUAAAGACCCUACUUAUGUAGUUGCACCAGUACUAAGGUCGCGCUCGGGUCGUGAAGAUCUAAAAAAGCUCUUCGCAGCCUGGUACGAAAGGAGGCAAAUGAAAAAGAUAUACUCCCCUCUCCUAGAAGCACUUUUGGCACUUUAUCUUGGAUUCGAAUGGAUUCAGACGAACAACAUUCUUGCACCUAUUAUAACACAUGGCAUAUACUCUGCUGUGAUUCUGGGGCAUGGUCUUUGGAAGAUACAUGACCAUCAAAGGAGACUGAGGCAGCGAGUUCAGAAGCUUAAAGUAGAAGGGAAAGUUUCAAGGAGAUCGUAAGAUCAGCUGUUCGAUCAGGGGUUAGUUAUGGAUUUGCAUGAAUCAGAUGAUGACUUAUAGUGUGUUAAACAGAUACACUAGCUAGUAGAGGUAUACCAAGUGUACACAAAUUGUAUCUAUUGUAACUACGAAAAAUAAAGUAUGCGGAUAGUUUCUUGCUUAUUUGUACAUGAGAAAUGAGAAAAACUACUUGAAUUCACUCUGGGAUUUCAUUA